AUGGGAUGGGAAAGACAGAUGGGACUGAGACCAGGAAUUAUCGAUACUCUUUUCACCAAUCUAUCCAGAUCCCUCAACAUUGAGAUUUACUACUUGUGUCAAUGUGUAUUUGACAAUUGCUCUCACAUUGGCAGUGAUAAGGGGUGGACUUUGGGCAUCCGUUCGGAGGAGAAUCCUGAAAGAAAGAAUGCCCGUUUCUUCUUCACACUCCGUACAGACCGUAUCAAGAAAUCGGCCACUAUAUUGGCGCAUCACCGUUACCAGCUCCAUACAUGGACUCAUGUGGCCGCCACUUAUAACGGGAAGGAGAUGCUCCUGUACGUCAAUGGCAGGCGGGUGGCUCGCAGUUCCCAGCAGUCUGGCGACCUUCACAGUCCCUUCAUGGCCUCGUGCCGCACUUUGAUCCUGGGAGGCAGCAACUCAAACAGACUCAACUUCCGAGGCUACCUGGCUCUGCUAGCCCUUUGGAACAUUGCUAUGCCCCAAGAGAAACUUCAGAGGGCCUUCCUGGGAAAGUUUGAAGACAGGAAACUUUCCUUAUUGCUCAGUGCAAAGUUCAACCAUUUGCAGCAGCAAUGGGUAACAUUCAAGGAUGGAGCCUACCCACAAGUGGAGAUGAUAUAUAGACCAGAACCUCAAGUUCUGUCUCCACUUAUACCCCCACUCUGUGGACAGACUGCCUGUGAUAAUGUGGAAUUGAUAUCUUAUUACAACAGCCACUGGCCGCUAAGGAAUGAGAAAGUAGUGCACUAUCAGGUUGUCAAUAUCUAUGAUGAUGAUGGUCUCCAUCCCACUGUGAGUGAGGAACAGAUUGCCCACCAGCACCAAGCUCUGAAUGAGGCCUUUGCCCACUAUAACAUCACUUGGCAACUUAGUAUUCACAAAGUAUAUAACUCAUUGCUCCGCUACCGUGUGAUUCUAAUGAACUGUGAGCCGGGAAAAAUUGGCAAUGAGUUUUGCAAUCCUGAGUGCAAGCACCCUUUGACAGGCUACGAUGGGGGUGACUGCCGUUGGCUGGGGCGCUGCUAUGCCUGGGAGCGUCGGGAUGGUGUUUGCAACAUGGAGUGCAACAAUAUGCUUCACAAUUUUGAUGAUGGAGACUGUUGUAACCCCAAAGUAACUAAUGUAAGGAAAACUUGCUUUGAUCCAGAUUCUCCACACAGGUGA